UCAAAGGUACAGUACCCACAACUGCAAUUUCAUCUGAAGGCAACUCGAAGUUUUCCGUGAACGAGUUUAAGAUGAUGGAGUAAACGAGGAGUAUGCGGUCCUUUGUCUUUGAUUUCUUCGCCAACCUCUAUUCUCUUCAAGCUUUUCGAUGUAUAUAGACUCUUUUACUCUUCUUGAUUUCCACUAUUGCUGUCGAUCGCCACUGAUCACAUUCUGAAAGGGCCGUGACGAAUGUGAGCAUCAAAGACAAGUUAUGGAGGAACGUGUUUCUCCACUGAACUCAGGUGGCAAGAUGGAGAUCAGUUCAAGUGAAGAAAGUGUUAUGGCGCCGCAGGUUGAUCGAAGGGAUCUGAUUGAUUUCUUAUGUGGUGAGGAACUCACUGAUGCUGAUUCCCAAGAUCGAGAGAGUACUAGUAACAGCGAAUCAUGCUGCAAGAAUAAGGAGGACUUUUUUAAGCAGCAACGGGAGUUGGGACUAGCAGUGAUGAUCAAAUCAAGAAAUGAAAGUUUUGAAGUAACGCCUGGAACUGAGUUGGAAAACAUUAUUGCAGAUAUCAUCCUUCCACGGUCAGUUGCCAGGGCGAUCGAUACGUGUUACCAGGAGCAGCGGAAGAUAAUGGAUUUCGAAGAUGUCAUGCAAGCAGCCAGAUGCCUCGGUUUUGAGAAGUUUCUUGAGCCACUCAAGAAAUACAUGCAGGAGCAUGCACACUUUAAAACUGAAGAAAGCGUUAGCAGUGGAAAUGGCGCUGCAUAUGAUGAGUUCUUCAACUUGAAGGCAGAAGAAGAUGAUGCAUGUACUGAUGUUCCUGGAUACGACGAUUGGUACAAAAAUGUGCAAGAUUUGAUGGCAAUGGUGCACAACAACUGUUGUAGAUCUUGCCCUUGCAGGAUUGUCAAGUUUACAAGAGAGAACUACAAGUAGUUUUCGGCUCUUGACUCUUGACUCUUGACUCUUGAGGGCCUGGCAGUGCAUGCUUCAUCAGAGACAACGGUCGAUUUGCAGUGAUAAUCAGAAGUGAAGCACCUCUUGGAAAAUGGCGGGAUGCACCGGUUGUGGUUCAGUGACACGAAUCUCCUCCAGACGUUAGGAGUUUGGAUUCUUGACUACCACUGCAUCCUAAUGACAGACCAGAGUAUGAUGGCUGUAAACAGAUAAAACUUAUCGUGCUUAUUCCAAAGGGCUGCGAGCUUGGUGUACUUAUGACACAUUUGAAGUCAGAACAAAAACUGACAACAAUGUGCGAAGGACACCUUGAAGUCUUUUGGAUUCGAUUAAUCUGUGUUCAUAGAAGUAGACAGAUUGUAUCGAAUACGAUCAAGUGAUAUAAGAAAUUAAAGGUCAGGGUCCCCGUAUUUUUAAGUCAACAUUGUAUACGAGCGAUUAUCCUGUCAGUUUUCCUGUCAACGUUUUCCUUAGAUGCCAACGUACUAUAUCAACAAGAGCCUGUCAAUGACAAGCACUCAAUGGUGGAGAUUAGACACGAGGAAGAAGGUUGGACUUUACCUUGAAAGUGAAUUGGCUCGGAUAAGAGAUCGGGAACAAAGUUCACAUAACUUUAUUAUAUAUUGAUCUUGAUACCAAGUACAUAAUAAAUGCUGUCCAUCUGAUG